UGCGUGGCGCAGCCCCGGCAUAGCCCGGGGCUGCCAGUGCCCGCCGCGCCAUUGUUGGGGGAGGGGGCGGCUGCUGAGCGCGGCGGAGUCGGGGGGCGAGCGGAGGCGGAGGCGGCGAGGAGUGGAGGCGCCCCAUGGGGAACUCGCUGUCUUGUUGCGUGUCCCCCAAUGCCAGCCCCAAGUUGGGCCGGCGCACGGGGUCAGCGGAGCCGGACUACGAGUCUGAGGUCUACGAGGCGGCGGCCGGGGACGCGGUGGCAGUAGCUCCGGCGCCGGUUGCCGUGGAACCCGCCGAGUUGGAUUUCGGAGGUGGCGAAGGCCACCACCUGCAGCACAUCAGCGACCGGGAGAUGCCCGAAGACUUAGCUUUGGAAUCAAACCCUUCUGACCACCCAAGGGCAAGCACAAUUUUCCUGAGCAAAUCUCAAACGGAUGUGCGAGAAAAGAGGAAGAGCAACCAUUUAAACCAUGUAUCUCCAGGGCAGCUUACUAAAAAGUAUAGCUCAUGCUCAACAAUAUUUCUAGAUGACAGCACAGUCAGCCAGCCUAAUCUUAGAACCACAAUAAAAUGUGUGACCUUAGCAAUAUAUUACCACAUAAAGAACAGAGAUGCAGAUAGAUCCUUGGAUAUUUUUGAUGAGAGAUCACAUCCACUCACACGAGAAAAGGUUCCAGAGGAAUACUUUAAGCAUGAUCCUGAACACAAAUUCAUUUACAGAUUUGUUCGUACUCUUUUUAGUGCCGCACAACUAACUGCUGAAUGUGCAAUAGUAACUUUGGUUUACUUAGAAAGGCUUUUAACUUAUGCUGAGAUCGACAUUUGCCCCACUAACUGGAAAAGAAUUGUUUUGGGAGCCAUUCUUCUUGCCUCCAAGGUUUGGGACGAUCAGGCUGUAUGGAAUGUGGACUACUGCCAGAUCCUCAAGGACAUUACAGUUGAGGACAUGAAUGAGAUGGAAAGGCACUUCCUGGAGCUACUUCAGUUUAAUAUUAAUGUUCCCGCCAGUGUGUAUGCCAAAUACUACUUUGACCUUCGCUCCUUAGCAGAUGACAACAACCUGAAUUUUCUAUUCACUCCUCUUAGCAAAGAAAGAGCACAGAACUUAGAGGCCAUUUCCAGAUUGUGUGAAGACAAAUACAAAGACUUGUGUAGAGCUGCUAUGAGAAGGUCUUUCAGCGCUGAUAAUUUCAUUGGUAUUCAGCGCUCCAAUGCCAUCCUCUCUUAAGGGAGAAGUGAGGGGUUGUAACAUCAUAAACCCCUCGUAACAAGGACUGGAGAAAUAUCACCUCUCCUGCUCAGAAACCAGCAAAGUUAGUAUUUUCACCUUAAAGAAAGACAUUGAAUUCAAGAGACUCAUGGACAAGCGAAGAUUAUGCUGUAGGAAAGAACGGGACCUCGUCAAUGUAACACACUCUUCUGUCCUUUUUAAUGUAAACAGAGUUACAAAAACCACUCCAAAGCGAAAAGCUCCCAAUCCACGCACAAAUAUCUGCUUACUGUGUAGGCCGAUAGCUGUGAACUAUGUGAGGUUUUUUAAUUAAUAGUUUAAAUUUUUAGACUUUAAAGACACUAACUAUAUAAUUUUUCCUGUUUUUCUUGCCUCACUGUCCCAUACUGCUGCAUAUUCCUUUAGAAUCAGUGCAGUAUUACCAUUAAAAAAUGUGACUCCUAACAACUCAUAAAGCCAAACUUAGGAACAGACUGUUGUAGCAUCGUUAGGUUUUGAAGGGUUCUUCCUCCCUACUAUACCACUGAAGCUGCUAGUCAUUAUUGGCAAUCAGUUUAAACCAAAAAGCUGCUGAAUAACACUUGUCAUCCACAUUCUUUGCAGGCAGUACUUAUUAGCAUAUUAGCAUGUUUGGGAUCAUAAACAGAGAAAGUAGGUUAUUUACUUACUUCUAUUGGGUCCGUGCUGCAUUUCUUGUUAACUAUGAUGGUGCUUCUGAUUUUGUGAUGAUUUUCCUCUUUAUUACAUACUUGUAUUAAAGGAUAUUUUCAUAAUUCCAGCCAACAUGGUGUCCAGUAAUUAACAAGCCGGCAGUGAACUAGAAGGUGUCCCAGAAGUCUCAGUGAAAUUGCAAGCCUGAAUAUAGUGUGCUUGGAUACUCCAGAACACUGUUGCAGAAUUAUAAAUGCUACAGACUGGCAAAACGUCACUUGCAAGUUUAAUCGAAUUUCUUCUAAACUCAUUUAGGUUUGUAAAUUUUAAACAUUAAGCUUUUAAUAUUAAUGUUCUGUUUCAGCCCCUCUUGAGGAUAGCAAACAAUGGGCUGAAAUAAAAAAUUAAGAGCUUAAGGUCAGAAUGGCCAUCAUCAAAAAAUCUACAAACGUGCUUGCUUCGGCAGCACAUAUACUAAAAUUGGAACGAUACAGAGAAGAUUAGCACGGCCCAUGCACAAGGAUGACACGCAAAUUCGUGAAGCGUUCCAUAUUAAAAAAAUAAAAAUCUACAAACUAUAAAUGGAGAGGGUGUGGAGAAAAGGGAACCCUCUUGCACUGUUGGUGGGAAUGUAAAUUGAUACAGCCACUAUGGAGAACAGUAUGGAGGUUCCUUAAAAAACUAAAAAUAGAACUACCCUACGACCCAGCAAUCCCGCUACUGGGCAUAUACCCUGAGAAAACCAUAAUUUGAAAAGAGUCAUGUACCACAAUGUUCAUUGCAGCUCUAUUUACAAUAGCCAGGACACGGAAGCAACCUAAGUGUCCAUUGACAGAUGAAUGGAUAAAGAAGAUGUGGCACAUAUAUACAAUGCAAUAUUACUCUGCCAUAAAAGAAACGAAAUUGAGUUAUUUGUAGUGAGGUCAUACAGAGUGAAGUAAGUCAGAAAAACAAAUACCGUAUGCUAACACAUACAUAUGGAAUCUAAAAAAGAAAAAAAGGUUGUGAAGAACCUAGGGGCAGGACAGGAAUAAAGAUGCAGACAGAGAGAAUGGACUUGAGAACACGGGGAGGGGGAAGGGUAAGCUGGGACGGAGUGAGAGAGUGGCAUGGACAUAUACACACUACCAAAUGUAAAACAGAUAGCUAGUGGGAAGCAGCCGCAUAGCACAGGGAGAUCAGCUGGGUGCUUUGUGACCACCUAGAGGGGUGGAAUAGGGAGGGUGGGAGGGAGACGCAAGAGGGAGGAGAUAUGGGGAUAUAUGUAUACGUACAGCUGAUUCACUUUGUUACAAAGCAGAAACUAACACACCACUGUAAAGCAAUAUUAUACUCCAAUAAAGAUGUUAAAAAAAUGAGUUUAGAAGAAAUUCAAUUAAACUUUCAAAUGAUGUUUUGUAAGUUUGUGGCAUUUACACUUCUACAAGUUUCAAAGCUUAAAAUUGCACUAAGACUUAAGGGGAUACCUUGUAUCUUCAUAGACCUGCCCAUCUCUUUCUAAAGCAGUCCUUUGCAAGGCUGGGCCGCUUACCUGCUUGAUCACCUAAGUUUCUUUUUUCUAGAUUUGGUAAAGGAAUUAUGAACAACAGUGUUAAUUCACAUGUAAUAAAUUGAAAGGAACUGGACCCUAAUAGUAGUGAUAGAGUAAGUGAUACGAAACAGCUUUUCUAUCCUAUGUGUUAACCUGGCUGUAGGUGUCUCACUUCAAGUUCUGCUAUUUAAGAGGAAUCAUGUAAAACCUUAGGAACCCUUACCUCAGGCUUUAAAAGGCAGGGAGGUCCAGUAAUCAGUCUUUUAGGAGAUGGGUAACGAUGUCACCUAAACUUGAAAUGUUAAAAAAAAAAAGUUAGUGUUCUCAAGUAUGUGAAAUCUUUCUCCUCCUACCUUCUCAAAUGUAAUCCUAGGAAUUUUGCCUGUAAACAAAGCAUUUCUGGGCCAGAAAUACUUUCUCUCUUUAUAGCAAGGCUGCACAUUAUAUUGAGUGCUGCAGGUUCCAUCAUUUUUAAAGGACAGAGACAUAAAUGAUAAAUUACGGUAUAUAAAAUAUUACAAUCUACCACCUCAAAAAAUAUUGUUUAUGGAGUUUGGAGCUUCAAAUACUGAUUGCAGUUUUAUUUUGAAAAGAAUGCUACAACCUAUGUGGUUUUUCUUCCUCAUGUUUAUAUUAAAAGAAAAGCUAAUAAACUCUAUUUUAA